AUGAGUAAUCCAGAAAGAGAUGCGCUUACUUCUCUCCAUAACAUAACAGAAGCACUGUCUGAAAUUCUGCAUAAGCUCUCUCAAAAAGAAGAGCCUGCCCAAGAAACAGAAAAGUUUCUGGAGUCUUUUGAGAGUCUGAAGGAGUACUUUGAGAAGCUGACCCACGAAGAAAGCCUUCCAGGACAGGACCUUGGGAUAGACGCUCUUUCAAACCAGCACCAUCUAGAGCACAAAUACUAG